ACCACCACCACCUCCACCACCACCAGCACCACCACCACCACCUGCUCCACCCACCUCGUCACCAGCCACACGGGUGAAGGUCUCCAUGAAGUGCCUCAGGUUUCUCUUCUUCACCUUCAAUGUCGUCUUGUCGAUCUGCGGCUUUGCGGUGUCCGGGUCGGCGCUGUGGCUACGCUUCGACAAAAUCACCGAGAACAUCUUCAGCUGCGCGGACACCCCCUCCAUCUUCCUCAAGGGAGUCUACGUUCUGAUUGGAGCCGGGAUUCUGAUGAUCCUCACUGGAUUCCUCGGGUGCAGAGCAGUCACAAAGGAGUCGCAAUGCAUGCUGGGAACGUACUUCUUAUGUCUGCUGCUCAUCUUGGUAGCAGAGGUGGCUGCCGGAGGUUACUCCGUCAGCAACAAAGACAAGAUUCGGCAGGAGUUCAAGGACAACUACAGCUGCUUGUUCACGAAAUAUGUGAAAGAACGGUCGAGCUACACCAAGACGGCACUCAUAGCCAUCCACAAGGAGCUCAACUGCUGUGCCACAGGGAAGGUCUCGAGCACCCUGUCAUCACUGGUCCCAGGUCUCUGCCCCAACGACAAGAACAUAAUCGAGGCAUGGCUCAAACCAGACAUGGACUGUAACAGCCGCAUCGACGAAAUCUACUCCCAGAGGGUCUACAUCAUCGCCGCUGUCGGCAUCGGCUUCGGCGUCAUGAUGGUCGCCGGCCUCGUGAUCAGCGCCAUGCUGUGCGGGGCCAUUCGGCAAGAAGCAAACUCCGACUAGCAAGUCACGUGGGCACCGUGACACACCCCAGGCGGAGUGGAAGGGAGGUGACGGUGACCAUGGGAUGAAGAACGCCUCGAGCACACACACAGCGUGUACACACACACACAGUGUACACACACACAGUGUACACACACACACAGU